GGCUUUGCUGCUCUGACCCGGAAGGAACGCUCUGUGCGCGCGUCCUCCUCCAGCUCGGCUGUUGCGCCCACAUCUCCCCCCUCCUUCCGCUAGGUUGCUUACUUGUCCCCGGGAAGCAGCUAUCUAUGUUUCAUGGAGCUCCAAGGAAUUGUCAAAGCUUUCCCGAAACGAAAAAAAACAAGAGAUGAUUCACCAAAGGUAGUGCCUUCAAAGGUACUGAAAGAUGAAGCUGGGAACAAACAAGGGUGGAUGGAGCCCAUCACAAUCUACGUUCUGCAAGCUGGAGUUGGCCAGGCCAGGGCUGAGAUCUUCCGGAAACAGAUCCUCCAGAAUGGGGGAAGCAUCUGCAGCCAGAUUUCCCCAGAGGUGACACAUGUUAUAGUGGACGAAGGCAUGGAUUGUGAACGGGCAUUCCGGCUCCUCCGACUCACCAAAUUACCCAAAGGAUUGCAACUGGUAAAAGCAUCCUGGCUGAGUUCCUGCAUUUCAGCACAGCAGCUUUUGGAUACUACUGGUUAUAGCCUCUUCAUUCCAGAGAAGUAUAUGGAUGAAGAAGGCCAUUCAAAGAAACAAUCUCAAUAUCUCGAUAAAAAGACGAUCCACCCUCAAAUAGAGAAUGCAGUCUUGGAGCUAAAAGCUGAACCACAAUCAGGGGCCAAUGUUCCUUUCAGUGAUGUAGACCCUUCAGGAGAGCAAAAAGACAAAGAGGUGAUCUCAGAUGAUGAAGGAAUGGAGGAAGAAGACCGUAUGGUUACCCUGGGAGAACUAGAAGCACUGAAGUCAGGCCAAAACCCUAACAACACUUUCUCAGGAGGUUCUCCUGUGGUGCCUCCCACUGGCAAGUGGGUUUGUGCUCAGUCCUCUGAAAGCAAGAAAAUGAAUCAUAAUCAGUCCAUUACAGAGAAGCUGGGGUUGCUGGAAAAAGCCUACUCUGUCCAAGGGGACAAGUGGAGGUCUCUAGGUUACUCCAAAGCAAUUAACGCACUAAAGAGUUACCACAAGCCAGUCACAUCUUAUCAGGAAGCCUGUAAGAUCCCUGGAAUUGGGAAGAAGAUGGCAGAAAAGAUUAUGGAGAUCCUGGAGAGUGGCCACCUUCGAAAGCUUGACCACAUCAGCGAGAGUGUGUCAGCACUGGAAGUGUUUUCCAAUAUCUGGGGAGCAGGAGUGAAGACUGCUCAAAUGUGGUACCAGCAGGGUUUCCGUACUCUGGAUGAUGUCCGCACUAAGGCCUCACUCACCCGCCAACAGGCCAUUGGCUUGAAGCACUAUGAGGACUUUGUGGAGCGUAUGCCGAGGGAAGAAGCUGCUGAAAUUGAGCAGACAGUUAGAGAAGCAGCACAGUCUAUCCAACCUGGGCUAGUGUGCGUUGCAUGUGGCUCAUUUCGGCGGGGAAAGUCCACUUGUGGGGACGUAGAUGUGCUGGUGACUCACCCCGAUGGACACUCCCACCAAGGAGUAUUCAGCAAGCUACUUGACUGUCUUCGGAAGCAGGGCUUUCUCACAGAUGACCUUGUGAGUCAGGAAGACAGUGGAAAUCAAAAAAAGUACCUUGGGGUCUGCUGUCUGCCAGGCUCAGACAGGCGUCACCGCCGUCUGGAUAUCAUUGUGGUGCCCUACAGUGAGUUUGCUUGUUCCUUGCUCUACUUCACUGGCUCUGCCCAUUUCAAUCGCUCCAUGCGCGCUCUGGCCAAGACCAAGGGCAUGAGUCUGUCAGAGCAUGCCCUCAGCAGAGGUGUGGUACGUGGGCAUGGUGGCCUCAAAACAGUACCGGGCCUUGCUCUGCCCACUCCUACUGAGAAGGAUGUAUUCUUGCUUCUUGGACUACCUUACCGGGAGCCACAAGAGAGGGACUGGUGAGAAAAAGAUGGAGAGCAGACCCACGAUGCCUCCUGAAUGCUGCGCCGCAGGCCUGCCUGAUGCCUUGACCAAGGAGCUGUAGGUACUGAAGAAGGUGGUUGUGUAAACAGCUGGUUCUUUUUAUGCUGCUGAGUGUUGACACUCUUGCCUUGGAAAAGCCCACGUUUCUGAAUGUAUUUCAUGGGCUUUAGUGGGAUUGUAAGGAGAGCAACAUAAAGAAUCGAAAACCUACCUCACUACUCAAACAGGAAACUGUUGUGAAACAUUUGCACACUGAAAACCUUAUUUAAUAAUAAUAAUAAUAAUAAUAAUAAUAAUAAUAAUAAUAAUUAUUAUUAUUAUUAUUAUUAUUAUUAUUAUUAUUAUUAUGGAGCACAAUACUCCUGAUCGUGGAAAAAAAAAGUAUGGAUUGUCAGUAUUGCAAUCCCAGGCAACAGCAGGAUUUAUGAGAAGCAACUGGAAAAGCUUAUAUAAUAUAAAGAUUUAAAGAUUGAACUGCAAAGAUUCUGGCACAAGCCAGUAAAGGUGGUACCAGUUGUGAUCGGCACACUGGAUGCAGUGCCUAAAGACCUUGGCCAGCACUUGAAAACAAUUGGUGCUGACAAAAUUACCGUCUAUCAGCUGCAAAAGGCUCAGAUCUGCACACAUUAUUCGCCAAUGCAUCACAUAGUCCUACACACUUGGGAAGUGUCUGACAUGUGAUCCAAUGCAAAAGCCAGCAUAGUGAUCUCAUUUGCUGUGUACCAAUCUUAUUAUUGGGUAUCAAAUAAUAAUAAUAACAAUAAAAGCACUAAUAAUAAUCUUUAAUUAUAACCCACCCUAUCUUCCCCUAGGGGACUCAGGGCGGUUUCCAAACAAAAGUGGCAAACAUUCAAUGCCAUAAUAAUGACACAACCCAAUCGAGAUAAUACAUGAAACAACUUCAAGGAAAACUUAUAAUAACUAGCCAAAAUGAGUAAAAAUAAGUAAUUAAAUAAAACAUCUAAUCAUACACAUUUACACCAUAAUAAAAUCAAAUAGGAAGAAGGUGGAGAGUGCACAGAUUUUAAAGAAUGGGUUUUUAAGACACCUUCAAGAACUUUGCAAAGGCCCCAUCCUUUUGGUGUUGUGAAAGCUGCUGCUUUUCCCAGUCAUGGAAGUGCUUUCUCUCUCUUUUGUACAGCUGUAUGACUAUAUUGUAUUGAGAUCUGUUGCAAGGAUGGGUACCUUGUUUCCCUGUUGAGUGAUAUUCAUAAGCAUUCAUGUAAUGGCACACAGGUAACUCAGCUGUUAAACUGCCAAGGAUAAAGAUAUGCCACUACAAAAAUAUAUUUAGUUAGCAGAGUUUUAAAGAUGUUUCUUUAAAGUUGAAAUUGCAGUUGCCCAAAACAUACAGUGUUGUCCCGAAAAUAAGACAGUGUCUUAUAUUAAGUUUUGCUCUCAAAGAUGCACUAGAUCUUAUUUUCAGGGGAUGUCUUAUUUUUCCAUGAAGAAGAAUUCACAUUUAUUGGUGAAUAAAAAAAUGAACAUAUAUUAUAUACUGUACAGUAAUUGUCAUCACAAACCAGUAUAACCAGACAAACUGUGAAUCCUAUCAAGAAUUUCUUGUUACUACCAUGUACAACAAUCUAUGGUAUGUACCUUGACCAAUCCUGCAUGCUGUGGUGUUCUGUUUGGUGGGCAUGCUUUCAAACAAAAGCUUUGCUAGGUCUUACUUUCAGGGGAGGCCUUAUAUUUAGCAAUUCAGGAAAACCUCUACUAGGUCUUAUUUUCAGGGAAUGUCUUAUUUUCGGGAAAACAGGGUAUACACUCCCUUGAAACCUCUUAGUUAAAAUAUGCUCUCAGAGAUUAAAAAAAACAAAGUCUUCUUUGAAAAAUAACAUCUUGUUUACUCACAAACAUCUUGUAUUCACCAUACAGGCACAUUUCUUAUAAAGGUUCAGUUAUAGAUAAGAUGUAGUUCUCUGUGUUGAGUACGCAGGGUAUCAUUCUUAAUCAAUAGUCCAUAGUCUUUAAAUAUAGUUGUACUCACUGAAGUCCAAAUAGAUACAUGCGUCCACCUCCACUAAAGUGUAAAACAGACUCAAUACAAAAUGGAGUCCUGAGUCUGAACAUGCUCAGUACAAUCACAUGUCUAUAACCACAUCAAAAAGGUCAGUCAAACUGGCAAAUCAACAUACACAUAGAAUACAGAUUAGCAAAGAUAUACAUUAAUAGAGAAAUAGUGAAAGACUUGGGAGGUUGCUAUUUCCAACACACUCUUCCCUUCGCAUUAACAAAUGAAAAGAUUGGCUGAAAUACAUCUUAGUUCUAGCUAAGAAGUCCAGCAUUUGCACAGCCAGACAGGAUCCCAUACCCUAUUUGACCAUGAUUUGCCUCCAUUGAUUCUUUCUGCUCUGUGUUGCUUUUGAAACAGAUAUAUCUGUGAUCUCUAACAUGUAAUAAAACCUUUAAACAUG